UGAUUCCCGCAUAUUCGAUGUAUGGACUUCAAAUCAAAUUUACAAAUUGGAGCGGUGUGGUCUGUGGUGUGUGGGUAGAGACUCAUGAUUGCGUAACGAUAGAAACAAACAAACUUAAAUUCAACACUUACUUCAAACUAUUUAUUGCUUUUUUUUUUUUUUUGUUUCAAUUCUAAAUAUCUCUGCCAACCAAAAUGGUUCCCAAAUCUGGUCAACCUUCCAAUCCUUCUUGGUUUACCCCCAAAAGGCUUCUUAUAAUAUUUUGUGUCAUAAACUUGAUUAAUUAUGUGGAUCGUGGAGCUAUAGCUAGUAAUGGUGUAAAUGGAACUCUUGCAACUUGUACUGAUUCUGGUGUUUGUACUGCCGGUUCUGGAAUUCAGGGAGAUUUUAACUUGAACAAUUUUCAAGAUGGAGUUUUGUCAUCUGCAUUUAUGGUUGGACUUUUAAUUGCUUCUCCAAUCUUUGCUUCUCUUGCCAAAAGUCAUAAUCCAUUCCGGCUUAUUGGUGUUGGAUUGUCUGUUUGGACAUUGGCAGUAGCUGGAUGUGGCAGUUCGUUUGAUUUUUGGUCUAUUGCAAUAUGCCGAAUGCUAGUUGGUGUAGGUGAGGCUUCCUUCAUAAGUCUUGCAGCACCAUUCAUCGAUGACAAUGCUCCUGUUGCACAGAAAACUGCAUGGCUUGCUACAUUUUACAUGUGCAUACCAGCUGGAACUGCGUUGGGCUAUGUUUAUGGUGGAUUGGUUGGAAGCAUAUUUAACUGGCGGGUUGCAUUCUGGUCUGAGGCAAUUUUGAUGCUUCCUUUUCCCAUAUUGGGUUUUUUAAUAAAGCCUUUGCAGUUGAAAGGUUUUGGUCCCACAGAAUCCAAGCAGACACUAACAUCUAUUGAAGCAAAUGUUUCAGAAAAUGGAGAUGAUGGCAUGCGUGCUGAAGAUCAAGCCUCUAUCAGAGAAUCUGGGUUAAAAUCCAAAUUGUGGAAUCAGUUCGCCAGAUUCUCAAAAGAUAUGAAGGAGCUUUUGCAUGACAGUGUGUAUGUUGUAAAUGUUUUAGGGUAUAUUGCAUACAAUUUUGUCAUUGGAGCUUACUCUUACUGGGGGCCAAAAGCAGGAUAUAGUAUUUAUCAUAUGAGUAAUGCUGACUUGGUGUUUGGAGGUGUUACAAUUGUUUGUGGGAUUUUGGGGACUUUAGCUGGAGGCGUGAUUCUUGAUAAGAUGAAUUCAACAAUCCCAAAUGCUUUCAAGCUUCUUUCUGGAGCAACAUUUCUAGGGGCAAUCUUUUGCUUGAUUGCUUUCCUUUUCAAGGGCUUGGCUGGUUUCAUUGUCUUCUUUUCUGUGGGUGAACUGCUGAUAUUCGCCACCCAGGCUCCAGUAAAUUAUGUUUCUCUCCGUUGCGUAAAACCAAGUUUGAGGCCACUGUCUAUGGCAAUCUCUACUGUUUCAAUCCAUAUAUUUGGCGAUGUCCCUUCCGCACCACUCGUUGGGGUCCUGCAGGAUCAUAUCAAUGACUGGAGGAAAACAUCUCUUUCUCUAACAUCAAUUUUCUUCAUAGCUGCCGUAAUAUGGUUCAUAGGAACCUUUUUGAAAAGUGAGGAUCUGUUUAACAAAGAUGAUGAAGACGAAUCAACCACUGCUCUAAUAGGGAAAACGAAGCCAUUGCUUGAAGGGAGCAGUGAAGCUUCCAGUCACGCCUAAUUUCUCGCCACUUUUAUGACUAAGCUUACAAUUUGCAAAUGAAAGAAAGUAUCCUGGUUUAUUUAUCUUUUGAAGAGGUAAAAUCAGUAGCACUUUUUCAUAAUCAGACUUAUAGAAAAUUGUCGAUGCUGCUUUUGAUACUUGUUGGUAAAAAGGAUAUUGGAUAACUUUUACACGUCUGGAGGAGUCUGCAGAAUUAUUUUCAAGUCUUGUAACCACUAAUCAUGAUCAAAUUGUUUGCAUGUAAGUAUUGUAAUUCUCAAGUCUUGCCAUGAAAAAGAAACUAGUAGUGGAUAUUUGUUAUUUCAUUCCAUGUAAUUAUUGUAAUUAAGUACUGACUUCAGAGAAAAUGAAAAACUAGCACCAGAUAUUUUCUGCUGGAAA